UAGAACUUCAAAUUUUGGUGUACAUCUCUUUAAAUCGGGCAUUCGACUAAAUACCGGUCAAAUUUACCAGAGACCAAAUUAAAUAUGCAGGCAACUCUGUGAGUCUCGAUUUAAAGAAAAUCACGUACUACAACACAGUUUAAGAUCAGAGCGAACAAAUUGUAUAGAAGCUCAACAAUGGCGAUAACAUUGCGAAGGGAUGCAAUCAGAGUUCUUAUGAACAAGAUCAAAUACUAUGCGGCUGGAGAACACUUUCAAAGUUUAGGGCCUGUUCCACACGAUACUCUUAGUUACAGCUCAAAUGCAACUCAACAUAUUUUUGAUGCUGGGCAACCUACUGCAGAAACUCAUCCGCAGGUAGUAGCUACAGGAGAAAUAACACCUGGCAUUACAGAACAGCAAUUUAUAAGGAGGAGGAAAAAAUUGCUCGAGCUGCUCCCAGAAAAGAGUUUGAUCAUCAUGCCAUCUGCUCCAGUCAAAAUGAUGACUGAUGUUGUACCUUAUCCUUUCCGGCAGGAUGCCGAUUAUUUGUAUUUCACAGGUUGCCAGCAACCAGGAGGAAUUGCUGUUCUUAAUCAUGAGCUUGGCUUGUGUAUGUUCAUGCCAGACUCUAAACCAGAGGAAGAAAUUUGGACGGGGCAAGUUGCAGGUACUUAUGCAGCUUUAAAUACUUUUAAAGCAGAUCAAACCUUUUCUAUCAGCAAAGUGAAUGAGCUUCUUCCAGACAUGAUUAGGAAGGCACACAGAUUGUACCAUAAUCAUAGUAUGUCCAGUUCACGUUAUGUAGAUUUACCAGCAUUCAAAAAUGCAUUGAGUGAGUCAAAAGUUCACGAUCUUUGCCGGUACACUCAUGAGGUCCGCUGGAUUAAAUCACAAUCUGAAAUUAAUAUGAUGAGAUUAUCAGCAUCUAUUACAUCUCAGGCACUUUUACAAACAAUGCUGGUCUCCAAAGCAUACCCACAUGAGCAUAUCUUGGCAGCCACUAUUGAAUAUGAGUGUAAGAUUAGAGGUGCCCAGCGCAUGGCGUUUCCUCCUGUGGUUGGUGGUGGAGUGAAUGGGAGUGUCAUCCAUUACAGUCGAAAUGAUCAACAAAUAAAAGAAGGAGAAAUGGUCUUGAUGGAUGUUGGAUGUGAAAUAUAUGGUUAUGUCAGUGAUCUCACUCGUACAUGGCCACCCCAUGGUAGCUUUUCUCCUGCUCAACAAGAGCUGUACGAGCUCAUCUUGGACACUUCUAAUGAGUGUUUGAAGCUCUGUAAACCUGGAGUUAGUCUGCACCAAAUUCAUACACAUUCUGUCCAGAUAUUAUCCAAAGGUUUUAAGGAACUUGGUAUUUUGAAAAAUACUAUGAACUUGUCCCGUUCGUAUCGAAAUUUCAAUCCAACAUCCAUAGGUCAUUAUUUGGGAAUGGAUGUUCAUGAUUGCUCUUCAGUAAGUGGUGACCGUCUACUUCAACCAGGCGUUGUAAUUACAAUUGAGCCAGGUGUUUAUAUUCCAAGGAAUAGCAGUGUACCAGAAAGGUUUCGGGGGAUAGGUAUCCGGAUUGAAGAUGAAGUUCUUAUUACUGAUUCUGGCCAUGAGGUCCUUACUGCUUCAGUUCCAAAAGAAAUUAAACACAUUCAAUCCUUGUUGCAUUAGGGAUACAAAAUUGCUGACAUGCCUCUAAAAGAAAUUCCAUCUUUGUCAAGAGGGCCUUAAUAAAAAUAUGUUAGCAUUCAGCCUUUCAAAAUUAUCCAAUUUUGUCCUAAUUUAUUCAUAGAUAUUAAUUAUUUAUUUUUUCAUUCAUUUAAUUCUUAUGUUAGCAACUAGUCUUUUUAUUUCAUAUGCUUGGGAGAUUUAAGUGUUGUGACAUAUUUAGAUUGUUAAAAAUUUCACAAACAACAUAUUUUAAAACUAUCAAAGUCUGUACAUCUUAGUGAAGAUUUCUCGAAUAAUACUUCAAAUUUAAAAACUGAACAUUUCCAAGCUCAACAAAUAUAAAAUCCAUGAGACAUAUUUAUAGCUAUUAGCAACUGGCAAUUCAUAGCUAGAUGCUUUCAAAAAAAAAUUCAUUAUGAAGCCACAAACUUUGUACA